AUGUUUUGUGAUCUGAUUUCAUAUUUUUCUGCUAGACCUGUUUGGGAAGGUGGCCAGUAUGAUCGUGAUGAAAACAGUCGCUUCAAUGCACUUAAAUUGGCCAUGGAGUUGGGAGCUGAUCACAUUGACAUUGAGCUUAAGGUUGCUCAUGAGUUCAACAAUUUCUUGGGUGGAAAUAAGCCUGAAAAGUGCAAAAUUAUUGUUUCUUCGCACAAUUACAAUAAUACCCCUUCGGCUGAGGAACUGGGGGACUUGGUUGCCAGAAUACAAGCAGCUGGAGCCGACAUAGUUAAAUUUGCCUCAACUGCAACAAAUAUCACAGAUGUUGCACGGGUUUUUCAAAUUACAGUGCACUCUCAAGUACCUAUAAUUGCCAUGGUUAUGGGCGAAAGAGGACUCAUAUCGAGGAUACUCUGUCCUAAAUUUGGUGGAUACCUCACGUUUGGCACUCUCGAACAAGGAAAAGUAUCCGCACCUGGGCAGCCGACAAUCCAAGAGUUGGUUGAACUAUUCAACUUUAGGUUGAUUGACUCUGAUACAAAGGUAUUUGGUAUCAUAGGGAAGCCUGUCAGUCACAGCAAGUCACCCAAGCUGUAUAAUACUGCUUUUAAAACUCAUGGAGUUAAUGGUGUGUUUGUACAUUUAUUGGUGGAUGAUGUUCGGUGUUUCUUUGACACGUAUUCCUCGCCAGAUUUUGCUGGCUUCAGCUGUACAAUUCCUCAUAAGGAAGCGGCUCUCACCUGUUGUGAUGAAGUCGAUCCUGUUGCCAAGUCGAUAGGGGCAGUUAAUUGUGUCAUCAGGAAGCCUAAUGAUGGGAAGCUGUUCGGUUGUAAUACAGACUACAUUGGUGCAAUUUCUUCCAUUGAGAGUGGCCUACAAGGGUCACCUUUGGCGGGAAAGCUGUUUAUAGUGAUUGGUGCUGGAGGUGCGGGCAAGGCACUUGCUUAUGGUGCUAAAGAAAAGGGUGCUAAAGUUGUCAUUGCUAACCGUACUUAUGAUCGAGCUAGAGAAUUAGCUGAUCUUGUGGGAGGGCAGGCUUUGUCUCUGGCUGAUUUGAGUAACUUUCAUCCCGAAAAAGGAAUGAUACUUGCAAAUACGACUUCUAUUGGGAUGCACCCGAAGGUUGAUGAAACGCCUAUUUCUAAGGUCCGUUCACUUGUCUCCCUUCACGUCUAUUUUCGGUAA